AUGGCUGCAUCCAUGGUAUGUCAGCCAACUGAGGAACAACCUCAAUGGGGUGGCUUUGUUGCUUGUCGCUCUUACAAAUCACGAAACAGAGAGAUGGCUCAUGAUAAUCUGAUGAACAACUACUUCAACCCCAACUCGAUGUACACAGAAGAGGAUUUUAGACGUCGCUUUCGGAUGAGACGUUUUGUGUUCGAGCGUUUACUUCAUGAUGUCCAACAUGUCAAUCCAUACUUUCAACAGAAGCAGAACAGAGCAGGCCGCCCUGGUUUCUUACCUCAUCAGAAGGUUACUAUUGCACUCCGAAUGAUGGCUUAUGCCUACCCAGCUGAUGUGAUGGAUGAUACAUACAGUAUGUCUGAGUCUACAUGCCUUGAUACUCUUACUGAAUUCUAUGACACAAUUACUUAUCUUUACAAAGAGGAGUACCUCCGUGAGCCAAAUCAAGAAGAUAUGGAUUGGCUUAUUCGCAAAGCUGAAGACUAUGGUUUUAUGGGCAUGAUAGGGUCAUUAGACUGCAUCCAUUGGAAUUGGAAGAACUGUCCCACCUAA